UUUCAAGUUCCCAAUUGUGGAGAAGCGAGAGUGGACGGAGGGAGAUGGCCAAUACAACCAUGCGGCAACGGAGGGAGUACGCCCGGGAUGCAAAUUUGAGUAUAGAUAUAUCUCCACGUAACACGUAAAUACCUUCAUAUCGCCCCUUUCCCCCAAGCUCUCUGUCUCAUCUGCUGUACCUUCCUCUAUCACCUUUGCCAACCCAAUCCGUGACAAUGUUCCGCCAAUUCGGUCUCCUCGCCCUUGCUCUCCUGCCCUUCUCCUUCGCCCAAGUCUCUGAUGACUUCGAAAGCGGAUUAGACACCGCAGCAUGGCCUACAUACGCGAACGACUGUAACCAGGGCGGUAAAGUCACCCUAGACAGCUCUACCGCUCACAGCGGAAAGAACUCGGUGAGGGUUGACGGUGCUGGUGGCUACUGUGGACACAUCUUCUUCGGCACGACGAAAGUCCCCAGCGGAGAUGUUUACGUGAGGACUUGGCUCAAAGCCUCAAAGGCCCUGACCGACUCUCACGUCUCCUUUAUCACCAUGCCUGACUCCUCCCAAGGCGCCAAGAAGCACCUCCGAAUCGGUGGUCAGAGCAAGAUUCUCAUGUAUAACCGCGAAUCCGACGACGCUACCCUGCCUGAUCUCUCUCCUCAGGGUAUCGCCGCUUCCGCCGCCCUUCCUACCAGUGGCUGGCAGUGCUUCGAGUACCACGUAGGAACGGACGGCACCAUCGAGACCUGGCUGAACGGCAAAGCUAUCGAUGGCCUUACUGUUAAAGCUGGCAGCAACAACGCCAACGCAGGCCAGUGGCAGAGAGGUACCGCCAAACCUAAAAUUACCGGUGUCUACUUUGGCUGGGAGUCUUACGGCGGCGACACUAACACCUUCUGGUAUGACGAUGUUGCCAUUAGCUCGACUCGUGUUGGUUGCGAUGCGUGAUCCUGUUUUUAGCUGCUAUCACUAGCAAUAGGCAUUCUACUCCUAGGAUGGUAAAUACCAGGUACCUAGAGGCUAGAGUGCAGUGUCAACGAAUAAAAAUCUAUGAAUUAAAACAUAUUGCUUAGCGGACUUUGUCGGCCCUAUAUACUUGUAUGGAAAUGAGACUAGAUAUUAGCCUAAAUCCACGUCAAGGUACACCAAUUAUAUUAUCGGGAAUGUAC